CGGCGCGAUGGCAAGCAAAAACUCUUCGUUUAGCCCAUAUGCGAUUGCUGCAGGGAAACUUCCUCCCAAUAUCUCGCACCAUGAUCGUUAUUCAUCCUACAAUGGUGUGCCGAUGACAGCAGUCCUGGCCGUUAUAGCGGCCUUCGCCAUCAUCUUUUACGGCAUUCGUCUUCAUGUUAGGUUCAAUAUUAUGAAGAAACUAGGAUGGGAUGACUUGGUGUGCACAUUCGCACUGAUUGGAGUCCUCAUGAAUCUUUCAUGCUUUGGGAUAGCCAGCGUAUCUGGACCUCUUGGGAAACACAUGUGGAAUAUAACACUGGCAGACUUCCUCGGUAACAACUUCGUCGUUACGAGCUACAUCAUGCAGGUCACCAUGACUCCAACCAUGGGUCUUAUUAAGCUCGCGAUCUUUCUCUGUUACUACGAGUUUUUCUGGGCCUUGGAUUGGUGUCGCAUAGCCAUCUAUACCUUUGCUUCUCUCAGCAGCGCAUUCUAUCUUUCUCUCACAGUCGUACAAUUUUACUUCAUGACGGCUCGCAAGGGGGAAACAUUGGCCAAACAUUUUGCAGGAGAUAUGGCCGCUCGCGUAACGCAUAUUGCGAUCCCGACCACCGCCGCCGGGCUUGCGAUUGACAUAAUCCUCCUACUGAUCCCGCUAGUAGCCAUUUUCCAGGUUCAAAUGCCCAAGAAACAGAAGAUCCGGUCGGCCUCAGUCUUUUUGGUCGGUAUAGUAGCUAUAAUAGGUUCCAUAUUAAGUCUGGUGUUCAAACUCAAGACUUACGGAAACCUCGAUCUAACCUACCACCUCAUACUGGUAAAUUUCUUCAUAUGCUCUGAGAUGAGCUUAGGCAUUUGUAUUGCAUCAAUGCCCUUCUUCUUCCGCGCGUUGAAGCAUCACAAAGCCAGAUUGAGCUCCAUGGCAAUUAGCUUCCCAUCGGUACGGCCACAGUUCAUGACAAGACAUCCGUCACAAUCGGAUCCCGCGAGUUCAGGACGAAGUUCAGAAUCAGAGGAGAAAAAAGAAAUCGUUAAAACUUCUGAGGUAUGAGCAGAUGCUCAGAAUACCAUUAGUAGUUCGUUGUGGAGACAGGCCAGGUGCUAGAGAUUGAAGAUGGAGAAUUACAGAUUCUAU